AUGAAAAGUGUGGAGGGACCUAUUGUAUGUGUUGUUAAUACAAGAUAUCUUCUUUCAAGAAUGGAAACUAGAGAAGAAGAUCAACUGUUGGCUCAUCUGUUUAUGCCGAUGAGAAUACAACAUGUGAGCAUUCUUGAAACAGUUUCUGAAAGUACUCUUUUUCAUUCAUUCAUUCAACAUAUUAUUAGCAGCACUAGCGAAAAGGGUGGAGGAAUAGUAUCAUCUGCUUUAAAUCAAUUCAGUGAUGAUAUUAAACAACCACCAAAUAUCGAUCAACUAACUAAAAGAAUCAGUCAAUCAUUUGUUGAUUCAAAAGAUAAUAAUAAUAAUAAUAGUAAUAUUCCUGUAAUAACCUAUUUCAAGAAAUCAAAUUGUAUUUUGGUUAUUCAUAGACCUCCAACUAUCAUCAACCAAAACAACAACAAUAAUAAUAAUAAUUUAAUUCAAAUCUAUCCAACACUUGAUACAUUCAAUGUUCAAACAACAAAACUUCAAAUGGCCACUCCUAUUUGUUCAUUCAACAUACAAGAUGUCAAUCAACUAUUAGAUCCUGUAUUCUUAGAGUAUCUAGUUGCACUAAGAGAUACUGAUCAAUCACCAAUCAUGUCAAUCGUUCAUCAUGACCAUUACAUGGUACCAACACCAAAUACCAUUCUCAAUUGGUUAAUUCCAUCUAUUCCUGGGUGUGAAUACAAUGAUUCAAUAGCCAAGUAUUCAACACCAAUUAUUUAUAAAUCAAUUAGAACUGAAAUAUUAAGUGGUAGUUGGAUGAGAUCACCACUUUGGGUUGGUCUCAAGUCAUUGACUCAUUUUCUUUUUAAAAGAUAUGAAUCGUCAAGAGCCUAUAAAAUGGCAAUAUUAUCAUUUAAAAUCAAUACAUUGGCCAAGUAUAAAGUCAACAGUCAAACAACUCUGGAAUACAUUGCACACAUUGCAAGAAGCUGCAACAAAUUCAAAAUCAAAUAUCAAAAGAAACAUCCAUCGACUGUAUUUGAUUUUAUCAAAUCAAUCAAAGAACAAUGUGAGACACUCUCUGACAAGGCUCAUCAACAAUGGGAUUCUUUCUGUCAACACGUAGAGAAAGAAUAUCAAAUCAGUCCAUCAAUCAACAAUAUUUGCAAUGGGUUGAAAGAUUAUGGAACUGAUCAAGCAAAUUUGGUUCAUCAAAGUCUUCAACAAAACAUUCAAUCAUUUAUCAACAAUCUCAAGGUAGAUGAGAAGAAAUCAGGUGUCAAGGAUUUAGGCUUAUUAAAUGACUCGGCAUCAAGACCUUCAAUAACCAAUUUGGAGAAUUAUUCAAAACAAUUACAUCAACUCAACAAUCGUGACGCCUCAGGGUUGGUUUCUAUAUUAAAAGGAAUGAUUGAUACCCUCAGCAAUACCAAUGGGUUUACAUUGGAUUAUUACACUGAUAAUGUAACAUUGGUAAUCACAUUGAAUAUCAUUGAAGAGAUGAUAUUCCAGAUGUGGAAAAGUCAAAUUUUCAGACAAUCUCUGUCAAAUGGCCAAAAACAAAGUCAAGAUGUAUUCUCAUCUGUUUACAAUCUAAUGGACAUUUAUAUGAAGUUGUCAAAACCAAGAUAUGAUAAAGAUGCUAUUCUUUACAGUCGUUUUAUCUUGACAUCAUUUACUUUGGUUGCCAUUUUGGAUAGAUUGACACUGGAUUAUUGUCAUCAAAAUGACAGAUAUACAACUUUCAGUUUCGAUUUAUACUCUUCUCUACCACCAUAUGUCAAUUUAUCAAUAUUCUCGGAUCUAUUACUUCAACACCAAUAUGAAUAUGAUAUCUUGGAAUCAUUGGAGUCAUAUUUUGAAGAUCAACGUCAUUGUAGUAAAACAUCAAUAGAUAAUUCAAUCUUUAGUGUUGAUGACAAUGGUUUUGGAAAGAAAUGGGCCCAACAAUUUUAUCAAGAAGAGUUACAAAAAGAAUUGGAUGAUAUAGAGAAAAAGAAGGAGGACAAAAUCAAAGAGUAUCGAGAUCUCAAAGCCAAAAAGACAGCAAUGAUUGAAAAACUCCAAGAGAAGUUGCUUCUGUAUCCAAAAUAUGAAGGGGAAAGCUAUUCUUAUGCUCAAAAAAGAAAAAAAAUUGAACGUGACAUUAAAGAUUGUUUUAAUACGACCUUGUCAAUCUACUACAAAUCAAUGCCAAAAAACAAAGACAACCAAUUCAAACUCAUGUUUGAAAUCCAUAUCCCAUUCUACCUCUAUUAUGUUAGAAACUCGUUUGCUUUGCUUUGCAAAUAUCUUUAUGGUGGACAAAAUUAUUAUAACCUCACUUCAUGGAGGCUUUCACCCACUUCAAGUAUAGUAUCAUUAUUUGGGAGUAUGCCUCAUGUACCUGAAUUCCUUGCUAUCUUUAAAAAUCCAGAAACAUCUUUUAUUGAUUGGAAUCAUAAGACUAUUUCGCGCUACCAAUACAAGGAAGCAAGUAGAAUCGAGGAUAUGACAUCAUCAAACCUCCAAAAGAGUAAUUUGCUCCUUUCAAUUCCAUCAAGAGUUGAGUAUAGUCAACUCAACUGGAUGGUUCAAUCAAAUCAUGGAAUAGAAGAAAAUGAUGUUCUCGCAACUCAAAGCAACACACCAAAAGGAAUGUUACCAAAUGAAUAUAUUCGAUAUGGAAUGUUAAGAGUUGGAGCAAGUUUAUCAAUUAGAAAUAUGAUUAGAUUCAUGGAAGAAAGGAAUAAUCUCAAUGGAAUUCAUGUUUUGGUUAUGUUUUAUCAAUUGUCAAUGCAAUGUGGUCCUAGAAAGAAUGGUCAGUCAACAAAUAGACCAUUUAGAAUUGGUUGGGACGAUGAAACUGUUCUUCAAACACUAUGUAAUACCGUUGAAUCUAUUUUAACUGAAAGUGAACUCAAUUGGGAAAGAAAUAUUUCAAUGAUUGCCAUGAUUCAUUGUUUGACAAUUGCAUUCAAUACAAGAGAUAAUAAGACGUUGGAUGAUAUCAACAAAUCGAUUAUUAAAGUGUUAGAGAAAUGUAGAUUGGUACUUUGGGAAUGGGUUGCGAAGUUGGAACAACUCAUUCAACAAGAAUUACUUCAUGGAAGAGAAACUGAAACAUCAUCACUAAGAAAGAGAAUGGUUUAUACAUCGAUUGCAAUAAUAAUGACAUUCAACAUUGACAAUAAUCACAAACAAUAUAUUAUUCAACACACCAAUUAUUUCCAACACAUUGAAUAUUAUUUCAAAUCGUUGAUCAUUUUGGAUGAAAAUUCAACCUAUUCAAGUAAUAGGACAAGAACAUUGGGAUCAUCAUGUCCAGAACAACCAUUUUUGGAUAUAAUAUUCAAUCAACUAUCAUUGAUUAUUUAUCGUCAAAUACCAUUUAUCGUUGAACAUUUCAAAGAUGGAAAUCAUUUCAAAUGUUUAAAUAAUAUCAUUCAUAACAAUCAAGGAAAUGAUUAUACUUGGGAAAAAGGAUCAAAUAAUAAUUAUUAUCAAUUCAAAUUUAAUGAUCUUAUUGUACAAUUUAAUAUAUUUGAUGGAACAUUAUUAUUCAAUGGAACAUUUGAUAAAAGAUUACCAACUCAAGUUGUUAGUUAUCCACUUUAUAAAUCCUUCUUUGAAUCAUCUAUUUUUGAAGUUCAUCAAAAUGGAAAUUCUAUUUGGACUACCAAUCAGACAAUAGAAGGAUAUAAAAUAGAGUUCAUAAUAUAUUCAUCUCGUACCAUUGGAAUUGUUCAAAUCAAAGACAAUGGUGAAAGAUGGAUGCUUCUUGAUCCUAAUUUAUUUAAUCAUUUGCCAAUUACUUUAGUCACAUUCUAUUCACAUUGGAUAAACAUGGCAACUAAUGAAAUAGAGUUUAGACCAAGAACUCUUCAACAAUACAAAGAUGGAGGUUUGGAUUCAAUUAAAUUUAUUGGAACUAAAAAUGGUGAAAUUAAAUUAAAAUCAACUGGUGAUUCUCUAUUAUAUUUUGGAUAUAAUAAUCUAUGGUUAAGAGAUCAAAUAUUGAAAAUAUUCCCAAUAGAAUCGGAACCUAGCUUUCAUAUUUUUGAACAAGAAGCAUCCAAACUUUAUAGAAUCCAUUUGAAUCAAUUUGGAUUGGAUUUUAUAGUUGAUUGUCAGAAUCAACAAAUCAAUUCAGUUCAAUAUUCUGGAUAUCGACUAUGUGAACAACAAUAUAUUGGAACUUUAGUUGGUUUGAAAACAAUAUUGGUUUUGGAACAAAAUAUUGCAAGUGGAACAAAGAAGGUUAUUCUUCCACAUUCAACCAUCACAUUGGAGAUGAAUGGUGAUUGUCAAGGUUUCAAUAAUGCCAAAUCAAGUACAACCACUCUCAACCAUCCAGCCUAUUUUAUUUAUGAUAUUGACAGGGAACUCAAAAUGAUCAAAUCAUCAGAUUUGACAGCACAUCUCCAUCUUUGUUACUCUCAUAUUGUAACAUCAUCAUUGUUUAGAGAUCCAUUUACUGGAUUGAGAGGAAUGGAACUUGCUAAUAUUCUUUUAAAGAAAUUUAAUAACAACAUGCCACUCAACCAAUCACAACUCAAUAUUUUAUCUGCGAUAUCCAACAUAUCACCAAAAAGAACUGAAUCAAAUCACAUCCAACAAAUAACAAUAUCACGUCCACUUCUCGCACCAAUGAUAUCACAUUAUGAUGGAUUUGUUAUUUUGGUUGAUAUGAUCAAACAAUCACAUGCCAAGAUGUCAUUUUUAUGGAGUGUUAAUCAAGAAGCAGCACCAUUAACUUCAACACUCAAUCGUAUUGCUUGGAACAGAUACAAAAGAAUAUACUCCCCACAUUGUCAAAUAGAUUUGCCAAUUGACACACCAGGAUCGUUUGUCAUAGUUGAACCAUCAUCUUUGGGUCAAAACUCCAAAAAUGUUCAAAGAAUGGCAUCAAUCGUUGAAUCCAAGAAUAUUCAGUAUUUAUGCAAUUCAUUUAAUCCCUUCUCAAUGAUUGGCACAUCAACUAUCUAUGGGUUAGACUUUACUGACCGCCAAAAUUGUGUUCCAGAGUUUCAAGAAACCAACAAUCUCAUCAAUACCAGAUAUAUUGAUAGACAGCAACAACUUGGCGGGGCAUUCACAUACUGGUAUCUAAAACUUUUGAAAAUAGCAAUGGAAACUGCAAGUGGUCAUUAUAAUCUUACAAGAUUUAGAUUCGUCAUCACAUUGCUCUCAUAUUUUUGGUCCGAUUCUUCUUUGGUUCCAUUAAUAGAUCAUCUCGUACUUAUCGCAAUAUCUAAACCAUUACCAAAUGUUCCAUCAUUUCCUCUUGAAAAAAUAUAUGUAGAACCAAUGACUACAUAUGAACCUAAUUUCAUUAGUAGUAAGGUUAAAUCCUCUAUUCCAGAUGCCCGUUACCCGUACUCCGAUACCUAUGAAGAAAUGGUAGCCAAACGGGAAAAGAUUGAAGAAGCAAGAUCCACCGUUAUCAAAGAGAUCUUUGACCAAAAUAUUUGGGAUAGAGUGAAUGAAACAAUCAUUUCACCAAGUCACACCUCUUACAAAUCAGUCUCUAAUCCCCAUUUCUACUACGAAAAAUCAUUUAAUGAUCAAAUACAAAUUUACGGUCGAUUAUCAGGACUAUCUUAUUUCAAUGGUUUACCAAGUUUCAUGAAACCUCGAGUUUACCAUUUAAAGAACCAAUUUAAUCAACAAAUUUACAAUUCAAAACUGUUCGACAAGGAAAUCCCAAAGGAUUGUAUGAGAAUAUGGGAACUUGGUUAUGAUCAACAGUUGGAAUCAAUAUGGUCACCUGGUAAAAUAUCAUUUGGCAAGUUGGAUAAUUUUAUCAAUGGAAUUUACCAUCAAACCCAUUUGGAGGAGGAAUUAUUUGAUGAUUUAAAUAUCAGUAAAGAAUCUUUAAAGAAUAAUAUUCAACAAUCCAAAACGAAUAUUCUGAAUUCUCAGACAUUGGGUCGUGACCUUGAAAGGUUAUUGGUUAUUAUUCAACAAAGAGUAGAUUUGGUUUGGAAUAUAAUUCUAGAGUUUUACAAUAAUCCAAAAAGAACAGAUCAAUCUCAACAAGAAUUGGAUGGUAUAUUUAAAAGUUGUCAUUCUUGGAUUGGGUGUGUUCCAUUGACUGUCUAUGAAGAUUUCUCAAAUCAUUUUGUUGAUUUACCAGAUCAAAUAUAUCAAUUAAUUGGUGUUCAUAUUAUCCUUCAAACUUAUAAACAAAAGAUUCAAAAGUGUAAAACCAUUCAAGGUGUUGAUUUGGUAAAAGAAUUAUCACAAAGUAGAGAGACAAGAAAAUGGUUACCAAAAGAUUAUCCAACAUGGUUGGUAUUUGAAUUGGAACAAUCAAUAUGGAUCAGAGACACUCAAGCAGAGAUUGCAAUCAAGUUGAUCAAUGCUCAAAGUAAUGAAUGUGUUCAACUACAGAUGGGUGAAGGAAAGACAUCUGUUAUUCUACCAAUCAUGUGUUUGGCAAUAUCCGAUAAACAAAGAAUUGCUCGAGUCAAUGCAAUUCCAUCCCUACUUCAAACUUAUAUUCAAGAUUUACAAAUGAGACUUGGAUCAUCAAUUCUCAAUCGACCAAUCCACCUCUAUCCAUUCAAAAGAGAUAUUGGACCAUCAAUAUCAGAAUCACAUGUUCAAUAUAUUCUCUCCAACAUUGAAAAAUGUAAACAAAUGAAUGGAAUCAUACUUUGUACACCAGAACAUAGACUAUCAUUCAAUUUGUUUUGGAGAUUGGCAAAGGAUAAGAACCCUUUAUUUGAUAGUAUGGGUAAUGUUAUCAAGUGGUGGAACGAUAAUAUAUUUGAUAUUAUGGAUGAAUGUGAUGAUCUAUUAUCACACAAAUACCAACUACUCUAUCCAAUCGGGUCAAAAGUUCCGAUUGAUGGUGGAUCUGAUCGUUGGAACGUUAUUGAAGAGGUUCUAUCUGAAUUAAAAUUAAUUCUUCAACAUCAUUACAAAGACUACCAAGAUCCAUUCAUAUUUAGAAGAUUCACUUCUGAGAAUGAAAAUAAUCAAGACCAAAUGAAAAAGAUAUUGUCUGUUUUACUCGAAACAUUAAUCAACAAACUACCAUUCAACACCAAUGAAAAGAAUCUUGACCUUAUCAAACAAUUUGUUGGGCCCGAUGAAGAUACAAUUUCUCAGGAGCAUCACAAAGCUCUAUCCUUGGUGGAAAAACUUGAUAAACAUCAAACAAGAAUAUUGGUUUAUAGAGGAUUAUUUUCAUAUGAAGUUCUUUUACACUCUUUAACAAAAACAUGGUCAAAACAUUAUGGUAUCAGAUCAACAGCGUCAUCAUCGUUCAAACGAGAUUCAACAUUAUUGGCAGUUCCAUUCAGAGCCAAAGAUACACCCUCUGAAAGGGCUGAGUAUGGACACCCUGAUUUUGUAAUCAUUUUGACAUUCAUAGCUUACUAUAAUCAAGGAUUGACAUUUAAUCAAUUCCAAAAAGCAUUGGAUUGUCUAAUCUCAAGUAAAAAACAUGAUGCAUCAGACAUCUACAGAUCAUGGACAGAUUAUGACCAAUCAAUUGAAGAAAAAUAUAGAGAUUUCAGAUGUGUUGUCAAUUCUGAUAAUCAAUUAAUCAAACAUCUCUAUUCUCUAUUCAAAUUCAAUUGUAGAGUGAUCAAUUUCUGGUUGAAUGAAUUGGUAUUCCCAUAUGAAACCAAACAAUAUCCAUCUAAACUAUUUGCCAACCCAUGGGAUUUGGUUUAUCCAAAAUCAAACUCCAAGAAACAUAUUUCAUGUGGAUUCAGUGGUACAAAUGACACUAAAUGUCUCUAUCCUCUUACUAUUCAACAGAAUGAUUUGGAUCGACUCAAAUAUACCAAUGUUCAAGUAUUGAAUUAUAUUCUUGAUCAAAAUGAUCAAUCAAACAAGGUUCAUAUCGUUGAUGAUAAGAAUAUUCUGGAAGAAAUUGUUAAACUAAACAACAAUCAAAGUGGUCAUUAUUUCAAUAUUUUAAUUGAUGCAGGAGCAUUAAUGAUUGGUAAAUCAAAUGAAGAUGUUGUCAAGAGAUGGUUGGAAUUGGAAUCAGCAACAAGAAUAGAUGGUGCUCUCUUUUUUGAAAAUGAUAAACUGACAACAAUCGAUAGAGAAGGAAAGAAGUUUAUUUUCAGUCAAUCACCACUCUCUGAUAGAUUAGAUAGAGUUUUAGUUUAUUUGGAUGAUUAUCAUACUCGUGGUGUCGAUAUUAAACUUCCAAUCAACAGUAAUGCAAUAGUAACAGUUGGGAACAAGAUCACUAAAGAGAAACUACUUCAAGCAUGUAUGAGAAUGAGAAAGUUGGGACAAGGUCAAACUAUUUCAAUUCUCAUUUCAAAGAAUCUUGGAAUUGAAUUAAAGAAUGAUAGAGGUGAACUUGAACCACUUUCCAGACCCCCUGAUAUUCUAGACAUUUUGAAAUGGACCAUUCAAAAUACAAUUGAAUUUAUCACCAACUCAUUUAUUCAAUGGACAUUCCAAGGAAUGAUGAAUGCAAGAAGCAAGUCUGCCAUUUCACUUUUGGAAAUGGAUAAUGUAGAAAACAAAAACAAGAGCACUAUAUUCUCUAAAUUGGUAUCGUUCCCAGAAACUCUCUCACUCUAUGACUUGUAUUCUGGUCUCUAUAAAAGGGAGAAUGGUGAUGUCGUUGUUUCAUCAAUGGUAUCUAAAUUGGAAAAGAAAUUUAAAAAAGAUGUUGGCUCUGACACUAUUCUGGGUACACUUGGCCCAAGUCAUUCCAUUCAAGCAAACUUGAUGAGCAAAUAUGCCAAAAACAAGCUGCAAGAUCAAUUUGUUUAUUCCAAUAUGGUUGAAGAGGAACAAGAGAGAGAGUUUGAAGUAGAAGCGGAAGUUGAAAUGGAAAGAGAGUUACCUAAAAAAGUAAAUCCACAUAUCGAAAAGAUUGAUGAUGGUUGGAGAGAAAUCCUCACUGGAUCGAAACAUGUGCAAGACCAUCCAUCAAUAUUCCUACCAAUCAAAGAUAUAUUCAAAGAUACAAAUGUUUGGAAAUGUUUAGAGAUUCAAAAGGAUUGUUUUGCACCAACACUUUGGACAACCUAUAACUUUACCAAAACCAUUACCACUAAUCUAUACUCAACAGCCAAUAAUAUAGAUGAAUUUGUCAAACAAAUCAAUUAUAUAUUAGUGGUGUGGAAUGGUGAUACACCAAACAUGAUUCUAGUGUCAAUGAAAGAAGCAAACCAUUUAAUCAAAAUAUUGGAUCAAUUGUCAAAACAAGAGAUUAUCAUCUUUGCAUCAAUCCACCAAUCGAUCCAACGAGACCGGCCAAUUGAAACCAUCCAAAAAGAUAGACCAGGUCAAACAGAGUAUUUCAACAAAAUAUCUACUCGUUCGCCAUCAAGUUUCUCUCUACAACCAAAUUAUCAUGCUCAAAUCCGUCCAUUAUUAAAUCAAAUCAAUGUAUUGAAUGGAUCAAAAUACUUUGAUUAUCCAUUAGAGAUUUACCAAUUCCUUGGGAUCUUUAGAUGUGGAUUAAAAGAAAUAAUGUCAAAACUAAUCAACAAUGAUUUUAUUGAUCAAUUUGGAUUUGUAUUAGAAAGUGUCAAACCAAGUGAUAUCGACAAACUCUCGAUUGAUGAUGAUCUAUUCGACCAACUCCUCUCAAUCAUCAAGACAAGAAGAUUUAAAAAAUGUCCAAUCGAUCUACUUGAACAGAAUUUACAACUACAAAGAGUCUAUUCUGUCGGUGUCGAUAGUCAUAUCAAAAAUAUUCUAAUUCAUUGUAAUAACACAUCACACCUUCAUCAACAACAUCAACACAAGGUCAAUCUCAACAAUAUUGUAAAGAUGGAAGAACAAGACGACCAAGUAUUGUCUCAUCUAUUUAUGUCAAUGAGAUUACCAGAUACUCUAAAUACCAAAGCAGAGAUGACACUUUUUCAUUCAUUUAUUCAAGAUAUCAACAAUUGGGAUGAAGAAGGAAUAGUAUCAUUAGCAUUAAAACAAUUCAGUGAUGAUAUCAAUCAACCACCAGAUAUCGAUCAACUCACAAACAGAAUAACACAAUCUUUUAUUAAUGAAACAAAAGGAAACAAUAAUAAUAAUGAUAAUAAUGAUCAAUUAAAUAAUAUACCUUUAAUCACCUAUUUCAAGAAAUCAAAUUGUAUUUUAGUUAUUCAUAGACCUCCAACUAUCACUAUUAAUAAUAACAAUGAUAAUAAUAAUAAUAGUAUUAUAUUAGAUUUAAUUCAAAUCUAUCCAACUCUUGAAGAUUUUAAUGUUGAAACAACAAAAAUUAAAAUGGCCGCUCCUAUUUGUUCGUUCAACAUUCAAGAUGUCAAUCAACUAUUAGAUCCUGUAUUCUUAGAGUACCUAGUUGCACUAAGAGAUACUGAUCAACCACCAAUCAUGUCUGUUGUUCGCAGUCAACAUAAUGUGAUACCAACACCCAAUACCAUUAUCAAUUGGUUAAUUCCAUCUAUUCCUGGAUGUGAAUACAAUGAUUCAACAACCAAUUAUUCAACACCAUUUAUUUAUAAAUCAAUUAGACCUGAAAUUUUAAAUAUUGGAGACAAUCUUGUUUGGAUGAGAUCACCACUCUGGGUUGGUCUUAAAUCUUUAACUCAUUUUCUUUUUAAAAGAUAUGAAUCAUCAAGAGACUAUAAAAUGUUAAUAUUGGCAUUUAAAAUGGAUACUUUGCAAAAUCCAGAGAUGGUAUUUAAUUUAAUCAAAUCAAUCAAAGAUAUGUGCCAGACACUCUCUGAUAAGGCCAACCAACAAUGGGAUUCAUUUUGUCAAGCCGUAGAGAAUGAUAGUGACAUCAGUACCUCAAUUACCAAAACUUGUAAUGGAUUAAAAGGAUAUGGAAAUGAUCAAACCAACCUGGUUCAUCAAAUUAUUAAACCAAAGAUUAAAUCUUUUAUCAAAAAUCUCAAAGUUGAUGAAAUGAAGUUAGAUGUAAAAGGUGUAAAUACAUUGACCGAUUCAGCAUCCAAUUCUUCAAUCACAGAUUUGAAAAUUCUUUCAAAACAACUCAAUUCUCAAGAUGUUCAAGCUUCAUUCCCAACAAUCACUUUUAGAAGAUGGCAACCAGCAACACAGCCAAGAUGUAUUCUCAUCGGUUUACAAUCUAAUGGAUCAAAUGAUAACGUAGAUUCAACACCAACACCAAGAUACAAUUUAUAUCGUUCUCUACCACCAUAUGUCAAUAUUUCAAUAUUCUCUGACAUUUUACUUCAACAAAGAUCAGAGUAUGAAAUUAGAGAAUCUUUGGAUACCUAUUUCAAAGAUUAUCGUAAUUGUAGUCAAACAUCAAUUGAAAACUCGAUAUUUAGUAUUGAAGAUAAAGGGUUUGGAGAAAGAUGGGCUGAAUCAUUCCUCCAAGAAGAAUUAAAACAAGAAUUGGAGGAUAUCGAGACAAAGAAAGAAGCCAAAAUCAAAGAAUGUCAAGAAUUCAAGCAAUCAAUGCUCGAUAAAAUCAAAAAGCUUCAACCAGAUUUACGUUUGUAUCGUAAUGACAGUCGCAUUUAUAGUAGCCGAACAUCAAGUACCGCCAAAUCUAAACAUAUUUCAAAUGCCUGA